ACCGCUUGCCCUGGGAGAAGCACUUGCCCACGGCAUUACCUUGGCCCUGAGCGGUGGCCAGACAGGGGUCCGGGCUCCCCUGUUGUACUGGCUGGCAACUGCAGUCCUGUUUCAGUGUCACCUGGUGAUUUUCUGAGGAUCUGAUCAUAAUUCAGUCAAAUCCAUGGCACAUAAGGAGGGGAGAAGGGAGAGGAAGGGGAAACGGGGACUGCCAAGGUGCAGGUAGGCUCCAGGCUACUGCUCCACACGUGCAGCCUGUCUGGGGCGAGUCCAAACCGGAGCGAGAGCUGGCCAGGAUAGCAGCAUGAGGAGCCAGGGCGUGAGCAAGUGCCAGGGCCCAGCAGAGACGUGGGAUGAGCUGGCAGCAUGAACAGCAGGGAAAGCAUUUGCAGCCUGACCUGGAACUGCUCUUAUUUGACCGGCGGAGCGGGGGCAGAGAAGGGGUCAAACUGGUUCAGCACCGCGUGCUGCUGGUUCCCACUUCAGCCAGGCGCGUUUGCUCUGCGCUCAGGGCUGAGGGGUUGGUGCUCAGAGGCAAGCGGAGGUGAGUACAGCCAGCUCUGAGCACCGGGGGCUGUCUUCCCUGGGUGCACAGAGGACACAUCUACUCGGUAGGGUCUCAGGCAAAGCCCCAUGUCAGUGCUGAAAGGGCAGCCGGGGUAGGAGUCAGGUGCAGAAGCAGAGACAGAAGCUCCUUGGCAAAGGAUGGGAGAAGUUUAUGGAGUGCCUAAAAGCUGGAGGACCCAAUGAAUUGUGUGGGUGUUGGAGGUGCUGCCCCAUCCCUUCGCAGCAGGAGAUGCUGUGGAAAGCAGGGCAGCAGUGUCAGUUACAGAGACCGCUCAGCCCCAGCCUCUCUCCAUAGCUGGGCUGUCCUGGCCAGCUCUUGUCCCCUUUGAAGGCAGCUCAGCGGGAAGAAGACUGAGCCGUGCUCUGGCCAGUGCUGUGCUCCAUGGGAUAACUCCCAGCUGAGCGGGGCAGGGGGGAAGGCAGCUCUCAUUGCCUCGGCUUUGCCUUCAGCCAGCCGGGCUGUGUAAUUCCCUGUGACAGUUCAAUUCAGAGUGAAGCCAGCAGCUCCGCAGCAGCAGACGCAUGAAAGGCAUGAUGCAGGUCCGGGCCCUCCUCUUCCUCCUCUUGGCAUUGAUCCUCCUGGCUGCAACCGCUGAGGCUGGUAAAAACAAGAAAGACAAGGUGAAGAAGAGCAGCUCCGAGUGCGAGGAUUGGCGCUGGGGGCCCUGCGUCCCCAACAGCAAAGACUGCGGCCUGGGCUAUCGCGAAGGCACCUGCAAAGACGAGACUAAGAAACUCAAGUGCAAGAUUCCCUGCAACUGGAAGAAGAAGUUUGGAGCUGACUGCAAGUACAAAUUUGAGAGCUGGGGUGGGUGUAGCGUUCAGACGGGUGUGAAAACUCGCUCAGGCAUCCUGAAGAAAGCCCUGUACAAUGCCCAGUGUGAGGAGAUUGUCUAUGUGACCAAGCCCUGCUCUUCCAAGAUCAAGUCAAAGUCCAAAGCAGCGAAGAAGGGCAAGGGGAAGGAUUAGAGUGGGAAGACAGCGUCCUCGCCUCCAUCUCCUCAACACGGUGCCUGAAUGGUUGGACGCAUGCCACUUGCGCUGCAGCCAGGACCCCCCGCUCGGCAACGCCUUGCCAACUGCCAGUCUUCCUCCUCCUCUUCCUCCUCCUCUUUAACCAAGAUGCCUUGUUCUAUUCACUAGUUUUGUAGAGAGCAGACCCAGACCCUCCCUGCAGAAGGUGCUGUCUCCCCUCCUGCUGCCCCACCGGCACUGUCCGUGCAUCCCCCCCUCCUCUUCUCUGGGCUUGUUUCAAGGUUUGCUGGGAUGCAUGUGGAGAGCUGGGAUUCCCAUAUGUUUUUUUUUUUUUUCAACCCUUGGCCACAAAUGAGUUGCCCUUGGCAAGCCUGGGAGCCUCCUGCCUCCUCUGCUUGAUAGCGGUGCUUGAGGGAAAGGCUCAGUGUUGAAUGCUCAAGCAAUCCUAUCUGGGGAGGAAGGGACAGGGGAGCAAAGAGAGAGAAAAAACAACCUCCAACCUCCCGCUUGGGUAUUCACCAUCAGGCCUAUGUGCAGUGGGGACACGGCCCUCCCUCCCCCCCCACCACCACAUUUCCUUGGCUUUGCCCGAGGCAGGUUCCCCUUGCAGUUGGAGGUGCUCCAUGCAUCCCACUGCCCCCUUGCCCUCUGCUUCCCACAGCCCCUCACAUGCUUCCUCAUUGACAUGAGGAUGGGGCUCUCCUUUCAGAAGACUUCUUCGUGUCUCCCUGCGGCAGAUGCAAGAGCUUCCUGCAGCAGCCAGGGAAAAGAAAAACCUCUUCCUGUGUGACCAGUGUGUCCUCUUCCCUCCUCUCCUCCAUCACUUUCAACCUGUGUGUCUGUGCCGGGGCUGCAGCCUCUCUGCCUUUGAUGCUCUAACACCGGUGCUGGGUGGGAGCUCGCUCUGUUUUUGGAAA